GAGAUUGUUUCGGCUGUCCUUUAUCUUAUGGGGUCAUGUUUUUCUUCCUCCCAUUCAUGUUUAAAAAUCAGGUAUAGAUUCUUAAUUAAACAGCCUACAUUAUAUCUUUGUCAGAAGAAUACAAAUCUAAGAUAGGACAAACAAGUGAAGAUGAGGCAGACAGAGGGAGGUGAGCCCUCAUGUUAACAGAGAAAAAAGUCUCUCACAGGAUCCAGAGGCUUUAAUUAACAGGGGCUGCAGUCGAUUCCCCUUUAGCAGCGACCCUGCCUCUGGCUUUUCCUGAUUCACCAGAGCAGAGUAAUCAUUGACUGUUUGGGAACCACAGGGCACCUACAGUCCAUCACAGCAAGCUAUCGGAUUUGUAGGAGGUGAUGGGUGAAAUUGACGGGCUGCAUACAGUAAAUCCCCACAGUAGAUCCCUCUGUUUCACUUUAGUCAACGGACUUCAUAGACUCAGAAUUCUGCCCAAUUUCAAAAUCAAAUAAGCUGCCAAUUAAAGCCAAGUUUUGGCCGCUGAACUCUACAGGGUGACAUGUUAACAGCCAAAGAAAACUGAAAUUCUUCACUUUCAAGCUCUAUGAAAAUAAAUGGACUUUGCGCUGAGUCUCUCAAUCUCUCAUCUAUCUCAGUCACACAUAAUUCCUGUUUAGAGAAAGUAUACUCAGUGAUUUAACGUUAAAUCCAAUGUUUAUAUUCCUUAGACUGAAAAGAAAUACAGGAUUUCCUUGAACACACCAACACAAUAUUCAAGCAUGUUGAAAGCAGUCCUUUGAGUGUCUAAGAGUGGCACACUUGAUCUAGACGAGUCAGACCAUUACACCUCAGGGGUUUCCAUGGUGACCAAGGGACAGAAAUUGUGAAGCAUGCUCUGAUAAUUAUCAGCAGCAUGAUAUCUCACUAAGAUUAGUCCCGUCAGUUACUGUAGGUUUCUCUGGUGUAGUUUACAUACUAAAGGUUCUCAGUUUUUACCUGUGCUCGAGUCUUUUUGUUCAGUGCUUCUUUUAGUUGAAUGUAAUUCAGGGAUGACUGCAACCAUCAGAACUUGACUUUUACCCUUCUGCAAAUCACAUGAUGGGGAUGUGAUAGUGGACUCUAUGGAAAUGAGGGGCAUGAACUCCUCUUGCCUGAUUCACUUAGUGUUGGUUUUCCAACGGCCACAAAGAUCAAUUGGCUGGGGACAUCGUUAGAAAAGGGCGGAACAACCAUUCAGCUGACAGGCAGGUCUCACAAAGUAGACCAUCCCUGUCAAUACCUGUUUUUGAAGUUGCGGAUAAAGUGUUAUUUGCUGCCAUUUUGCAGCUCCCUGAUUGUGGAUCUAGCAGGGUGUGGCAUCAACGUUUGGAUUUUGUUUGGAUUUAAGGCUUAUUUUGCAUCAUAUAACUAUUUCACUUAUUGGACUCCUACAACACAAGAAGUGUCUUUGGAUACCAGAGGCACAAGGCUUUUUAAAGGUCGGAUGUUGACUCUUGUUUUUGAGGUUUUGACAACGUUUUUUUUUGCCAAGAUCCAGUCUCAUUAGAACAGUGAUCCAGGAGAACUAUCGUUCAUGAGUUGGAGCCCUGGAUGAGCAGUGUGUCCACUUGGAGGAGGAUAGGAGAAGGUACCAGCAGCGGAGAUGACAGACGUUGAGGGACAGGAAAACCAGGGACAGGGCACCUCUGAUAAGGGGCUCAGCAUUGAACAUCCUGGACAAGAACGUCGGUGCAGUACCCAGAAAGGAACCCCCAAGAAGCACCAACAUGAGCCCCACAGCUCAUCGGCCAAUGCUGAGGGAUUGGAGGAUUUUGAAGAGUUUGUUUUGGAUUUUGACGACUAUGACUUGCUUGAGUCAAUCCAAACUCAAGUGGAGUCAUCGAUCGAGCCUAUCCGUCACAGAUUUGAGGACAACCCCGGGUUGAGACGCCACCUGGUGAAGAAGUCAUCCCGGUGUCAGAUGAACCGGAGUAGCAACAGUUCUACACCACUUUGCAGCCUGAAGAGGAAGAAGAGGGCAGCAGACAAGAAAACUCAUGAGUUGUUUGUGGAGCUGAACGAGCUGAUUGUGGAGAAGGACCAUGAAAUGCGUUGGAAGGAGCGCGCUCGCUGGAUCAAGUUUGAAGAGGAUGUGGAGGAGGAGACGGACCGCUGGGGAAAACCUCAUGUGGCCUCACUCUCUUUUCGCAGCUUGUUGGAGCUUCGGCGCACCAUCACACAUGGUGCCAUCCUUCUUGACCUGGAGCAGAACUCACUGCCAGGCAUCGCCCAUCUGGUGGUGGAGACAAUGAUCAUCUCUGAUCAGAUCAGAGCUGAGGACAGACCCAGUGUUCUCCGGGCGUUGCUUCUCAAACACAGCUCUCCUGUGCUACUGGUGCAGCAUUCUCUGCCUGGCUCUCCCUCUGUUAGGCCAGAAUGCCAUCCGAGUGAUCUGAAACAUCGCUUUCACCGCCACCACUCAUCCAGCAGCCUCGGUCACGGCAGCUACAACCACAACCACGUCCAGGACACCAACCUGCCGCUGGUGACAGAGGAGCACGACGAGCACCAGGACGGCAAAGGGCCCGUAUACGACCCCAAACAAGACGUGUUUGUCAGCCUGUUUAAAUCGCUCCACCCUCUGCCUGAGAGUCAUCCGGCCGCAGCCAGAUCCAUGAAACUGCUCGCCAAGAUUCCCAAAGAUGCUGAAGCUGUCAUUGUUUUAGCUGGCUGUGUUGAGUUCCUGGAGCAGCCAGCGAUGGCCUUCGUCAGGCUGAAUGAGGCCGUCCUUCUGGAGUCAGUCCUGGAGGUCCCUGUCCCUGUUCGCUUUCUGUUCGUCCUGCUUGGUCCGAGUCAGUCCAACGUGGACUAUCAUGAGAUCGGACGAUCCUUCUCUACUCUCAUGUCUGACAAGAGUUUCCACGAGGUGGCCUACUUCGCUGACGACAGACAGGACCUCCUGAACGGUAUCAAUGAGUUCUUGGACUGCAGCAUCGUCAUUCCACCCUCAGACGUGGAGGGCAAAGACCUCCUGAAGACGGUGGCAGACUUCCAGAAGCAGAUGCUGCGCAAGAGGAAAGAAAGAGAGCUGAAGAAGCAACAAUCAUCAAGUGGAUUCGAACUGAACAACAAAGAGGUGAGUCCGGAGGAGGAGGAGGAGGGGGACCAGGAGGUGGAUCCAUUAAAGCGCUCAGGGAUCCCAUUCGGAGGCCUCAUCCACGACAUCCGCCAUCGCUACCCGCAGUAUGUCAGCGACCUCAAAGAUGCCGUGGACAUGCAGUGCUUCGCCGCCGUCAUCUUCAUCUACUUUGCCGCCCUGUCGCCAACUAUUACCUUUGGAGGCCUGCUUGGAGAAAAAACAGAGGGCAUGAUGGGAGUGACGGAGCUCAUUGUGUCCACUGCUACUCUUGGAGUUAUCUUCUCGCUGCUUGCUGGUCAGCCCCUCCUCAUCAUCGGCUUCUCGGGUCCUUUACUGGUGUUUGAAGAAGCCUACUAUAAGUUCUGUCAGGCCCACGACUUUGAGUACCUGACUGGUCGGGUGUGGAUCGGUUUCUGGCUCAUCUUCAUCGUUCUGGUGAUUGUGGCGGCAGAGGGGAGCUUCCUCGUCCGCUACAUCUCACCCUUCACCCAGGAGAUCUUUGCUUUCCUCAUCUCCCUGAUCUUCAUCUAUGAGACUUUCUCUAAGCUCUUCAAGGUGUUCCAUGAACAUCCACUGAUGGCCAUGUAUCCCACUGACUCCACCCCAGCCACGGGGCUCAGGGACUACGAAAGCCCCGUCUUCAACCAGCCCAACACUGCUCUCCUCUCUCUGGUCCUCAUGAUGGGCACUUUCUUUGUCGCUUUCUUCCUCAGGAAAUUCAGAAACAGUCGCUUUUUGGGUGGCAAGGCCAGAAGAAUCAUCGGCGACUUCGGCAUCCCCAUCUCUAUUUUAUUCUCAGUACUGAUAGAUUAUGCCAUUACAGACACUUACACUCAGAAACUCGAUGUGCCGUCGGGCUUCUCCGUCACCUCUCCUGAUAAGCGCAACUGGUUCAUCAGUCCCUUCGGUGACAAGCAGCCGUUUCCCACCUGGAUGAUGGGAGCGUCUGUUGUUCCUGCACUUCUCGUCUUCAUCCUCAUUUUCAUGGAGACUCAGAUCACUUCACUCAUAGUCAGUAAGAAGGAGCGCCGCCUGGUUAAAGGCUCCGGCUUCCACCUGGAUCUCCUGCUCAUCGUCAUCCUCGGGGCCUUCUGCCCUCUCUUCGGCCUGCCGUGGCUCACGGCGGCCACCGUGCGCUCCGUCACUCACGUAAACGCCCUCACCGUCAUGAGCAAAGCCACGGCGCCCGGCGAGAAGCCCAUGAUCCACGAGGUGAAAGAGCAGCGGCUGACUGGUCUCUUUGUGGCUGUUCUUGUUGGUAUGUCCAUCGUGAUGACAGACGUGCUCCGCCUCAUCCCGCUGGCUGUGCUCUUUGGGAUUUUCCUCUACAUGGGGGUCACCUCUCUGACCGGCAUCCAGCUGUACGAACGCAUCACGCUGAUGGUCACGCCCGCCAAGCAUCACCCCGACCACAUCUACGUCACUAAGGUGAAGACAUGGCGUAUGAACAUGUUCACCAUCGUGCAGCUGGCUUGCAUCGUGGCCCUCUGGGUAGUGAAGUCCACCGAGGCGUCGCUGGCGUUCCCCUUCGUCCUCAUCAUGACGGUGCCGCUGCGUCGCCUCGUCCUCUCCAGGAUUUUCGAGGAGCGUGAGCUGCAGGCGCUUGAUUGCGACGAGGACUCUCCCAACUUUGACGAAGAUGGACGGGAUGAGUACAACGAGAUCCACAUGCUUGUGUAAAUUUUAAAUUGGACCUUGCCAGUAGGACUUCCUCCUCCAUCCUCCACUCCUGACCAAUCAGAGCGAGCCUUUUUUUUUGGAAACCCUCAGCGUCUCUGGGUAGCAGUGACACAGAUGGAGGAGCUACUGAAAUGGUGUUUAUAAAAUACUUCAAAUGUUCUGGAUAUAUCUAUCUGGAUAAUCACUUUCUACCCCCUGUAUAGUCCAGUUUUACAAAGAGCACACCUGCUGUUAGAUCUCUGUGAUGUUGUGCAAAACUCCCUGAAGAUGUUAUUGUGUCAGAGGCCAUAAAAAGACUAACCCUGAGCACCUAACUGAAACCUGAAGUGGACGAUGCAAAUAUAGCAAAAAAGCUUACCUUAUGAGAAUAUUUAGAAAUCUUUUUAUCCUGUCUAUCCCUUUAAAUACUCUGCAGGUUGUGGGCAUAAGUGCAAUGUUGAUGGGGACCUUUAAGACUACAUGGAGGGGAUCAUUUAGCCCUUCCUUUUGCCUGAAGGUGGGAAAUAAGGGUCAAUUUGCUCUCAUUGAAGCAGAUUUUCUUGAAAAGUUGUACAUUUUAUGGCUUAUUGACCCUAAAUCUCAAUGUCCAGAAUUCCACUGCCCAUGCAGAGAAGCUGCCAGAUUUCCUAUAUAACACUGCCGUUGCCUGUAGGUUGCAAUGAUGUGCAAACAAGGAGUUAAACGGUCCUUUUCCUUUCUGUACAGACUUCAAGUAAUGAGCACUUUGACUGGGCAAAAGUUCACCUUUGUCGCUGCCAACAGAGCUCCCUGGCACAAAGCCUCCUCCCUAAAUGUAGUCUCCCCUCCAAGCCAAAAUCUCCACAGAGACUGUGCAAGCCUCUUCACGGGGGUGUUACUGUACUUUGUUCGGUGUUUCAUGCCCAACAUACCAGUACUCUGACCUUAUUAUUGUGACCUUGGAUGUAUACUGUAAGUAGAUAGCUAACAUGGUCUAAACCUUAUUUUUCUACUUUGUCGUACGUAUUUAUUUUGUGACCUUUGGACUCGAUGCCGGACUCUUAGUGGUGUUUAGACUCCCAAGUACCCAUAGCUAUACAAGUAUACAAUAAAAAGAACAUUGUGUAGGUUGACACAUUGAAAAACAGAAGAUGUCAUUAUUCAGCUGUUCUUUCAUCUCUCCGCAGUGUUUCCAUGGCGUGGUGCAUUUUUCACACAUGUCAUGAAUAAUAUAAGAACACACCGGAGUGGAAAAGCAUAGAAACCAGGCAAACACACACGAGCACUGAAAACGCCGGGGAACAGUUGAGUGUUGGCAGAAUGUAUGAAUGAUGCAUUGUGCGGUUCGACUGUGAGCUUUGGAAUUAUAAUGUACCAUCUGUGUUCAGAGUUGUUUGGGAAUGCCCAGAGAUUGAGUUUUCACCUCCUAUAUUUUUGAGCCCAGUAUAGAAUUUUAAUAACCAUUCAGCUGUGACACUCAGUGAAACUCCACUUCUGCUACACAGAAACACCAGUUGUGAGAGCUUGUGUACAUAGAGAUAAACGUUUAUCAAAUCUAGUUAUUCAUGAAUAUGUUGAGUCUAGGUUUGAACAGGUCUAUGUAUUAGAUACACAGACAGACUUUCUCCUGUAGACUGUAUAUAAAAAGUGGACUUAGCCUCUUGGUUUCAGAAGUGAAGUCAUUGCUGAAGUGCCUUAAACCUAUAUUCUUUCUAACUGCCACCAGGGGGAGACUCCACCGGUUGCAAAAAAAAAAAGAAGUCUGGCUGUAUUGAAGCAGACAAGAUAAGGAUCCUUCUUCAGGUUUCAUUUAUUACCUCAGUGCAAAGUCUCAUAAAUCACGGUUCAUGAUCUAUUUUUAAGUAUUCUUAACAAAGCAUGAUCAUAGAUUUUUUAAAUAACAGUCCGAUUUGGUGGAAAAAAAAUCAACUAUAGAGCAGGAUAUGAUUAAAGGCGUGGCUACAUCUGAUUGACAAGCCACUUUGAAAGCAACCAGUAAACUACGAUGGAGUCCUAACAAAGUGUUUUCAAUCUCUUGUUCAAAUAUUAUUCUUUAUGGUUAAAGGCAGGGUUGGUCAUUUUUUCCAGAUAGACUUUUUAAGAUCUUGGUUGAAAUUGUCUUUAGGUCCUGAGUAGUAAAACAGUCAGUUUUUUUUAACAUAUAUUAUGAUAAAGUUUAGAGUUUACUUACCGCUGAAUGAGUCAUGACGACGUAGUUUCUACAUAAUGCAAGUGAUGAGCUGAGGUCCGCUUCUGGACCAACAGCGCUCGUGCAUGUAAGUGAGGGGGCGUGGCUUUUGAGAGGAGGGGCUGGGUGUAGAUGAAGCACUGAGGGAAUGUUACUUUCAAAAUCAUGCUAGUUUUCGGAAAUAACAAAUCCUGCCUUUAAGAAAAAAGUAUGUUUAUGGCCAAUAUACUGGUACAUUGGCUUUAAGAAUAAAAAGAGGGGUUUGCAAACAAAUGGUUGAAAUCAUGGUGUCUAUGUGCACCUCUUUUAUACAGUUUAUGAAUGAAGCAAAGUUCAAUCCUGAGGACAGGAAACAGUGAGAGGAGGCUUGAAUGAAACAACACUGGGGCGUUCUGUGUUCGCUUCCUCAAACAUGAUGCUAAUAAAGUUUUGUCAAAUGAAAAAAAAAAAGAAAAAGGAAUUGGGUGCACUUGAACAGAAUUGAACGGUGACGUGAAAUACCUGGAAGUGCAAAAAGAUCACUGAACUUUCAGAUCACUGUAAGAGCAAUGGAGAGGACGGUAGUUCCUCGGAAAGCUGCUAGAUUUGAAGGAUGAAACUAUUUAAAAAUGGAGGAAUGUUCCUGCACAAAUGUAAAUUGAAUGCAGUAAAUAUUCUACCUUUUAUGCUUACAGUAUUUAUUUUUUUCUCUGUGUCUCAUCUGCACUGUAUCUGCUGUAAAGCAAGAAACAUUUGGUGGAGAGUGAGGCAGCUGAGUAGGAUUUUGUAAAUAGCUAUAAAAUAUGACAAAGAUAAAAACUUAUAUAGUCAUAUAUAUUUGUAUCUACCUGAUAACCAUGAUUACACCUGCAGACAUACAAUCAGAGAAAAAUAAAUGAAGUGCUAAAAAGCAAAUUACAGAUUACGAUGUUACAAAAGUCUAAUUACACAAAAGCUCUUUCAAUGGUCAGCGGUGUAGCAGCGUUUUUGUAUUCGAACCACAAAGAUUACAAUAUCUCAUCUCAUGUAACCAUGCCCUACAUUACGAGCCAUCCAAGAAUUCUGUCUCAGGGGAAACUGACCUUUGAUCUGUACAUAUUGAUUCCCAGCCUUUCAGUUUGUUGCCUCUUUUGUGUACAUAAAGCGUUCAAGGCAAUCCAACACUUGCAAUGUAAAAAUAUAUGUGGCUUACAGUCCGGGCUUUUGUGUUAGACAAAGGGAGGGGAAAAAAGGAGGUCAAGUGAAGAGAAUAAUGUGUUUACUCGAGUGCAGUCACAUGGAAUUCAAACUGUAAAUUAAAACCUUUAUUUUCCCUCCAUUGUUCUCUGUAAGCCUACGUUUGAGGCUCUACUUUGAUGUGAAGCAUGCACCUGCUGCAGUCUGUAAUUCACUCUGCAGCUCUCCCAGUUAAUGAGUUACUGAAUGUGCUUUAUAUAUUUAUAUUAGCACUGUAUAGUAGUUUCAUUUUUAAAAAAUAGGCUGCACCGGUAAUGGACAUUUUCAGCCACAUGUUUAUGUUGCAGGGCGUAAAAAGACUGGUGUUUUCUCUAUUAUAUGUACAUGACCACACUGUGUUCAUGACAUGAAUGAAUGUAAAUGUUCAGGUGUCUGUAUUUGUAGACACAUUAAGCCAUGCUGAGUGUAAUUCAUGGAGCUCCAUUAAGGACUACAGCUACUGAUUGAUAGUUGACUGUUAGCCAUGAUUUGAGCACACAGCACAGGUUAUGUGUUAGAUGUCUGUCCACAGUUGUAACUAAACUUAUUUUGAAAUAUGAUGUUGAGCCAACCCUUAAUCCGAACAAAUAACUUUAAGAAAUCGAGGGAAAAAAACUGUAAAAUUGUUCACCUAUUUUAUUGUCUUGCAUCUGUAUUUAAUUUUAGUAUAAGUCACAGAGUAUCUUUACAUGAGUGUCUGGAAUUAUUGACUUGUUUCCCUUUCGAGGAAUUAAAUAAUAGUCAGGAAGAUAAUGUUUUCAUGUUUAUAUUUGUUUUAUUUCUGGUAAGAUAAUCAAAUUUAACAGAAGUUCUUAAAGGUAUAAUUACAGUAGCAAAGGUCUUGUAGGUGUCGGUGAUUUGAUUCUUAGUUCCUGGAAGUAUUUUAGAAUAACCUGAGGCCUAGUCAACAGGUAAGCGGGUAUUUUUGAAAAGCGGAGGUUUUUCUGUGCGUUUUUGGACUUUAGUACACAAACGGCAUUUUAGGUCACUGAAAGACACGUUUUGGAAGACUCCUUCAGAAACUCCAUUUAAUGUGUUAGUGUGUAGACGGGGAAACAGCGUUUUGGGCUUGUAAUGUCACACUAUGCACCGGUUUCUCCUCAUUCAGACGCUGUCACUUUUGUUUACAUGAGACUAGUGCGAUAACAGACGUAACCAAACGAGUGCUCCCGCUACUGUAUGUUGACGAGCAGAGGCGCCUGAAUGGACAACUUUGUAAAUGAAAUGGUGAUUGCAGAGGAAUGGCGAGGACAUUUUAGCACGUCAUGGACAUCAUUUUUGACUGAAAUGCUCAUGACAGCCGUAAGAAAUCAUUUUGUGUUUUCAUGACGAAGCUGUUAUGUGAGGACUAAGCGUGUGUGGACAGGAUUAUUGUCUUUUUUCGGUUCCUGUUGGUUUACUCUUACGAUAAAACUUCACCAUUAUGCCUCCACAAACAGCAUCCCUGAGUGGGCAGGGCCAUCUCGUUUACCCCGUGUAGUGGCAGUUUUACAGAAGAGGUUCAAAACAUGUAGCCUAUGAAACAUGUUUAAAGCCUGAUUUACACUUCUGUAACUUCAAACCAUAACCAGCCUAAUGCCUGUUAUCAGUUAGUGUAACAUACUAGUCUUACGAAUACAAUCUUAUAAAAACAGUCAAGAUUAAAUGGAAAUCAACUGUGAUGGGUCAAAACCUUUGUGACUAGAACAGAGCAAGCACAUGUUGUUGGUACUAAAAUAUCAGAUUGACAUCUGACAUGGCUUUGAUCAGUCAAGUAGUUGUCCUCUGCCAUCUGAACCCAUUGGAACUAUGUAUUAGCGUGGCUGGCUGACCCUCAGUGGUUAGAAAGACUCACAGGGGUCAACGUCCUUUGUUUUCGGAGAAUACAAGUCUGUUAAACUGUUCAACACAUCCACGUGCUCCUGUUAUGACAAGUACUGGUGUGUCUGGGUUUGUGUGGAGCUCCGUAGUCCAGAGCCCAAGACAGAGCCAGUGAACGUGUCCUUAGCAAAACAUCCUCUUAGUGUUUACAUGAGGGGAAAAAGUGGAAUUGUGGGUAUUAUUUAAGAUAAUAAGAGUUAUGGUGCUGCCACUCUGUCCUGUCUCGGCCCUGGAUGUAAAACAAGCAAGAUGAAGAGAAAAAUACUUCUUUUCUUCUUUCUUUUUUUCUUUUUACCCUGUGUCAAUGUUCUGAGUUUCCCACAGUUCGUCACCUUAUACCACCAGGGCAGCAGCGCGGACCACCCAGGCAAUUCUAACACUGGGCUCUGUUGUUUUCUAACCUCUUUUAAUUGAACGUCACUGGUUUGAGUGAAGUUGUCUGGUGAUCCUGGAGUUCUCGCCCAUGACAUUUAGUGUUAGCUUUACCCAUUACACAACUCUACAGUAAAUCACAUAAUGUGAAACUACAUCAUCCAUUAUGGAGAAGGCUGCUCACGCUGAUAUUCUCUUAAAGGCAGAAUGUGUGACAUUUUACACAGAAAUAUAGCUGAUAAUCCAGUAUGCUCUGUAAAUGUCUCUCUGAGUCAUGACUGUCCACAAUGAGUGAGAAGUGCGAGUCCCGCUGUCUGUGUUGUUGUCAGAGCUGUGUUUACAUGGACAUUGCGAAUAGAUGCUGUUUAGGUGAGGGACUAGAGCAACGGUCUACAACAGGAAGCUCGGGGGCAGGUUUUAAGUAACUCGCCCAUAAA